UCAUCUGAUGGCUCAGGGACCCUGGGACUGGAGUCCAUGCCCAGGGUCCACUUGCCCAUCCGGGACUGCAGGACGAGGGCUACUGGGAGAGUCACAGGGCACUCAUCUUUUCAUCUCUCCUCUGUACUGUCCUCCCCCGACCCCAGGAAGAGAACCGUCUACAAGACUGUGUGCCUGUCCCUGGCCUUGCUCGUGGCCAUAACAGUGUUCCAGCGCAGUCUGCCCCCCAGCCAGUUUCUGCAAGAGCCCCCGCCACCCACCUUCGAGCCACAAAAGGCCCAGAAGCCAAGCGGGCACCUGGUGAACCCCAACAGCUUCUGGAAGAACCUGAAGGAUGUGGUCACCCCCACGCCCCUGGCCUCCCGGGGGCCCCAGGCCUGGGACGUGACCACCACUAACUGCUCAGCCAACAUCAACCUGACCCACCAGCCCUGGUUCCAGGGCCUGGAGCCGCACUUCCGGCAGUUUCUGCUCUACCGCCACUGCCGGUACUUCCCCAUGUUGCUGAACCACCCGGAGAAGUGCGGCGGCGACGUCUACCUGCUGGUGGUGGUGAAGUCGGUCAUCACGCAGCACGACCGUCGCGAGGCCAUCCGCCAGACCUGGGGCCGGGAGCAGGAGUCGGCGGGCAGGGGCCGUGGCGCCGUGCGCACCCUCUUCCUGCUGGGCACAGCGUCCAAGCAGGAGGAGCGGGUCCACUACCAGCGGCUGCUGGCCUACGAGGACCGCCUCUACGGGGACAUCCUGCAGUGGGACUUUCUGGACAGCUUCUUCAACCUGACCCUCAAGGAGAUCCACUUCCUCAAGUGGUUUGACAUUUACUGCCCGGGCGUCCACUUCAUCUUCAAAGGUGACGAUGACGUCUUUGUCAACCCCACCAACCUGCUCGAGUUUCUGGCUUACCGGCGGCCGCAGGAAGACCUGUUCGUGGGCGACGUCUUGCAGCACGCCCGGCCCAUCCGCAGGAAGGAUAACAAGUACUACAUCCCCGGGGUCCUGUACAGCAAGGCCAGCUACCCGCCCUACGCAGGCGGCGGUGGCUUCCUCAUGGCCGGCGGCCUGGCCCAGCGCCUGCACCACGCCUGCGACACCCUGGAGCUUUACCCCAUCGACGACGUCUUCCUGGGCAUGUGCCUGGAGGUGCUGGGCGUGCAGCCCACCGGCCACGAGGGCUUUAAGACUUUCGGCAUCUCGCGGAACCGCAACAGCCGCAUGAACAAGGAGCCCUGCUUUUUCCGCUCCAUGCUCGUGGUGCACAAGCUGCUGCCCCCCGAUCUGCUGGCCAUGUGGAGGCUGGUGCACAGCAACCUCACCUGCUCCCGCAAGCUCCAGGUGCUCUGACCCUGGCCUCUGCUCCCCUGCAGGAUGGUGGAGGGUCUGAGCCUUACGUGCCGCGGGGUGUGGUGGGGUGCAGGUAGCCGGAGGGGGGCCUCCCUCUGCGCACACUUUCCAGAAAGUGGAGCGGAGGCCCGGGAACGUUUGGAACUGCCCAGACUGGAGAAAGUCAUCUGGGAAGCGAGGCUGCUGGCCGCUGGCAGCCCUCCUGACCUGGGUCUGUUGCCUGGCUCCCUCUGACUCGGUGGGAGGCCCUGGUGGCCUCUGAAGGAACCCUGUGCUCAGGUACCUGGGCUCCGCCUAGCCCUGGAUGGGUCUGUGGCUGCCCUCCUGUCUUCACAGAGAAGAUUCUCCUCCCGUGAAAUGCCUCACUCUCCCCAGGGGCCCAGCGGCCCUUUCAGAAGAGCUCAACCCUGUGCAGGCUCACAGGUCCCCCCACAGCCCACAUCCCCCCCACAGUCCACACCCCUGGGUCUCCUGCAGAUGGAGCCCCAGAGAGCCCUCAGCACACCCCCAUUCCUGCCUGGAGUUGGCUGCUCCCAGGUGGCUUCGCUCCUGGCUGCGUCCUAGAAUGCUCCCUCCAGCCUGUCUGGAAGCACGACCAGCCACUCUGACUACCUCAGCGAUCCUCAACCUCCGAUGGGCCGCAGCCCCAUCCCACCCCUGACGCAGGGCAGAAGAGCAGCGAGCGCUCCGGCCCCCGCAGUCACGGUGCUGCCCGCCCGGCCCACACCGAGGGCCCUCCUGCAGCCCCACCGAGGCCUGGCUCCCUGGCCAGAAACCAGCCGGUUUGGCCCUGGAAGUGGACAUUCCUCUGUUACUGUGAAGUUUUAUUUAUGAAGAAUUUGGAGGGAGAAGGCGCCAGGCCUCAGGAGAUGGUGGUGUUCUUCCCUUCCCUGCCCUCGUUCCAGCCAGACACGGCCUCCCUCGGCCCCUUUUACCAUGACCACCACCACCCCCUCCAAGGGCACCCCCUGCCCA